UGUUGGGCCCCAAAAGAUGGAAAGCCCCACAGGAAAGCCCAACAAAAUGCCCCGAGCUCGAUCUUCUGUGCACUCUUUUCUCAUCAGAAGCGAGAAAUUUCUGUAAAAAAUGGCAAUUACACUGAGAAGGACGCUGUUGAGAGCUUUGAGACAUCCACAGUCGUCGUCGUCAGUUCAAGCCCGCCGAAGUUUUAUACUUUUAUCUCUCUCUAACCACUCUCCGGAGCCUUCGACGUCUGCCCCUUUCCCUCGCCCUAAUUUCUCAUACAACGGCGUUGUUUGUCGCCGUCUGUCUUCUCUGAGGGAGACGGAGUCUUUUGGGCCCUCCGCCAUUGAUUACCGCUCUAUGCUGCAGGAAGAUGAGUAUCACAGUCUGGCUAAUUCUACCAUUCAUAACCUGCUCGAGAAGCUCGAGGAUUAUGGUGACACUGUGGAGAUCGAUGGGUUUGACGUAGACUAUGGGAAUGAAGUCUUAACCUUGAAGCUCGGUAGCUUGGGAACUUAUGUAAUAAACAAGCAAACACCAAAUAGACAGAUUUGGAUGUCCUCUCCAGUGAGUGGUCCGUCUAGGUUUGAUUGGGAUCAAGAUGCUCGAUCUUGGAUUUACAGGCGAACAAAGCAAGACUUGUUCAAAGUCUUGGAAACUGAGUUGCAAAAGCUGUGUGGGGAACCCAUCAGCCUUUCUUAACGCCCCCCAAAACUUGGGCCUGGGAGGAUUGGGCUUUCAGCCCGCAGGCUCUGCCAAAACAAGCUACAGAUAUGUGUGUUAAAUGUUAUGAGAAUAUUAUUGUUAUCAUCUCCCUUUUAGGUGAAAGUUAAAGAGUUGUAAACUAGUACGUAGCCCGUGCGAUGCACGGGACAUAAAUAUUAAAUAAGUCAUUUCCACAGAGUUUGUCUGUUAAGUAGCUCGUGUGAUUCACGGGAGAUAUUAAAUGAGUGGACAAUAGGGCUUGUCAGUUAAGGCCUAAAAAUGUAAUAGAGUUUGAUCAUCUAUUUUUUUACCUCUUUUAUCAACGUCAUCUUUUUUGUCGAGACAUUAAACCUGAGCCUGGUAGUGGUAGCGCUAGACCGUAAAUUAAUUAAUAUAUUAUCUCGCUCA